AUCGAGUCCCCGUAGCGUUUGCCUUUCAAAAUCAAAUUACCAGUGCAAGGAAAGACAUCAACACAGGACUCUUACUGAAAAAUGGAGCUCAGCGGCGUGUCCGGGAAGCGGAUAAGAGAGGGCCGGGCGAAUGGCCAGCCGGCUGUCUGCCCGGUCGGCAAUUGCCGGACAAUAGUGGCCCACACCCACCUGUUGCGGCACAUGAUCAGCGACCAUCUGGACCCCCGGGCACGCGCCCUGCCCUUCCAGUUGCGCCUCCGCGAAGUGGCCAUUGGCCAGAAAACGAUGCUGAUGCUGGCCUACCGCCAGCUGGUCCUCGACCGGGACUAUUGCCUGGCGGUGCUUAACUGGCGCCAGCCGGACAUCAAGCUGGGUCCCGGGGAACUGGCUCCCGAGCAACUGGAUCUGCCGCCGUGCCACCAGCCCCUGGCCGGCCACCUGCCCGUUUUGGUGAUGGUCUGCCGCACCACCUGGAAGGCUCUGCUCACCCACGAGGAUCGCACCAUCCGGUCCGAGCAGUACGCUAUCGGUGCCCGGCAUCCGGACCCCAGCCGCGAAUGGGGCACCGUCUACCUGUUUUGGCUCCUCUGCCCCGCCACCCGGCGGCCGGUGACCGCCACCCUGACCGUUCUCAACAGCGAGCUGGAGUGCAUCGAGCGAAGGAAUCGCCGCCGGAUCCGUAACUUUGCCUGCCGCAUGCCCAUCGAGCAGUUCAUCAACGGCCUGGAUCCCACAUUCGUUACCAUCAACGAGGAGAAGAUGGACAGGUGUUGUAGGGGCACGGGUAGGGGAGACAAGGCGUCCGCCAUCGUGGAGGUCAUCAUCGAGGGGGAGGCUACUCCCUAAUCCACAGAAGUUUCGCUGCAUAUGGUACUGAAGAGUCUUAAAUUGUAAUUUUUAAGAAAUUGUUAUAAUUUUUAAAUAUUAAAGACAUCCAGGAUCUGGCUGAUCAACUG